AUGGAUAAAGUCUGGCACCGCAGCAAGAUGCCUCCUAGGCAAUCUUCUGCCCUUGAAUAUUACAAUCUUGGAAGGUAUCAGCGGCCUAUCAGCACCACUAGCCCGGAUGCCCAGGCAUGGUUCAAUCGUGGCCUAAUCUGGGCGUACGCGUUCAACCACCAGGAGUCAGCGCGGUGCUUUGAACAAGCUAUAUUGUUUGACCCGGCGUGUGCCAUGGGGUACUGGGGUCUUGCAUUUGCCCUGGGGCCAAAUUACAAUAAGCCAUGGAAACUGUUCGAUGGAGAAGAUCUUUCAAUAACCACGACGCGGGCUCAUGGUGCAGCUAUGGAAGCCAAAAGACUCGCAGCCAGGGGGAGUCCGGUAGAGCGAGCAAUAAUUGAGGCAUUACAGCAUCUCUAUCCGCAGGAGCAGCCUCUGGAUGACUGCACUGAAUGGAAUCACCGGUAUGCCGAGGCCAUGAGCUCAGCUUAUCGGGCCUUUCCGGAUGACUUGGAUGUUGUCACCCUUUAUGUCGAUUCACUGAUGAACUUGACACCGUGGAGCCUGUGGGACCUGUCUACGGGCCAGCCUAUCCCUGGUGCUCGAACAUUCGAGGCGAAGCAGGCGUUGGACCGUGUCUUGACCCAAGAGAGAACGCUUCAGCACCCGGGCCUUUUGCAUCUGUAUAUCCAUCUUAUGGAGAUGUCACCAACUCCCGAGAUUGCACUUCCAGUAGCGGAUAAUCUACGAGGUCUUGUGCCGGAUGCAGGUCAUCUCGAGCAUAUGCCGACUCAUCUAGACGUUUUGUGCGGUGAUUACCGUCGAGCAGUCGCAUCAAAUACCUCGGCCAUUCGGGCAGACGAGAAGUUCCUCGCCAAUCAGGACGUAGGGCAUUUUUAUAAUCUCUACCGAUGUCAUGAUUACCAUUUCCGAAUGUAUGCUGCGAUGCUGGCAGGUCAGUCCAAGAUUGCUCUCGACACUGCCAACGUACUUGCGGAGUCGCUCACCGAAGAUCUUCUGCGGGUUGAAUCGCCACCCUUGGCAGAUUGGCUCGAGGGAUUUGUGGCUACGCGGGUGCAUGCGUUUGUUCGAUUUGGUCGAUGGGAGUCUAUCCUCGCUCUCGAUCCUCCUGCGGAUAUGAGUCUCUACUGCGUUACCACGGCGAUGAUACAUUAUGGAAGGGGUGUGGCAUUUGCAGCUACGGGCCGCAUUGAUGAAGCUCAACAAGAGCAGGAGCUGUUCCGAUCAGCUGUGAAGCGAGUUCCAUUAUCUCGGACAAUAUUCAAUAACACUUGUAUCGAUAUCCUUGCGGUAGCAGAGCCAAUGCUUCAAGGUGAAAUUGCUUAUCGCUGUGGGGAUUACGAUGCUGCUUUUGCCAGUCUCAGACUCGCAGUUGAAAAGGAUGACAACCUUCCCUAUGACGAGCCUUGGGGGUGGAUGCAGCCUGCGCGACAUGCUUUGGGGGCAUUGCUGUUAGAGCAGGGGCGGGUCCGAGAGGCAAUGGACGUCUACGUUGCCGAUCUUGGGCUCGACGAGUCACUACCUCGCGCCUUGAUUCAUCCAAAUAAUAUAUGGGCCCUUCAUGGUUACCACGAGUGCCUCGUCAAAAUGGGAAGACAUGCAGAGGCACGCAUCAUCCGACCACAGCUACAGUUAGCUGUGGCCAUGGCUGAUGUACCCAUUCAUUCAUCGUGCUUCUGUCGGUUGCAGACAGCAACCUAG